AUGGCAUUGCGACAAUUGCCCUUUAGCAUAACAUGUCGAAACUUUCUUUUCAAUAUCAAGCAUUACAAACCCUUGAGGUGCCGACCCUCGUUUAGGGCGUCCAAUCAUCCCUUUUGCACGAAUCGACAGCUCUUGGAAGCUUCUUAUUCUCAAUGGAUUUUAAGAGCUACUCGAGAUAUAGCUCCGAAAAUACUUAAAGAAGCAAGCAGAAACACCGAUCUGCCUAGAAAUGACAAAGGGAUAGAAGAUAACAGGUUUUUAAAUGUGGUCGCCAGUGCAACUGGUGGUACCAACGUCCUAUCACAUGUACAAAAUCCACAAUCCUUACCUCUUGAUGAUUCCUUUUUUGAAUGCAAUGAUGAUCACAAAACUGGCAGCUCUGGGCGAAAUAUUUCAAGAUUCGAUCACACAUCAGACCUCAUUCGUGGAAAGAAUAUCGCGUCGAUUGUAGAGGAAUUAAUUUUAUCUAAUAACAAAGAAGCAAUAGCCCAAUCUGAUAUACUCAAUACAAUUGUCAAUGAAGUGCUACGACAGGCGCCUCCCAAGUCACUUAUAGAGAACAAUAAUGAAAUUGAUGUUCCUUUUAAUCAGUCGCAUAAAAACCCGGAGCAUUUAUCAUCAUUCUACACCUACAUCUACGGAAAGAUUCCUCACUUGUAUAAUUUGUUUCAUACAUAUGAGCCAUAUAUGCGUAACAGCAAGACAUUCCAAGAAAAUUACAUAUGGCUUUGUUAUCAUAUGAAUGAUAUUGACUCUAUCCAAGAGAUAGCUUUUACUUAUUUCGGAAACCAGAGCUAUAACUCCAAGACUUUGAGUUACAUCAUGAGUGGAUUUAUUUUAAAUUAUGAAGUUGAGUUUUCAAAAAAUUUAUUCAGUAAUUUAAUAUCAUUAGGGCGGCCCAUGGAGCCAGUCUUGUUAGACGUUGUGGUAUCUCUGUUGGUGCAGGUAGAUUCUUUGUUUGAAACUUUAACAUUCGUCCUUUCGAAAUGGAGGGACAGUAAAAUUUGCUCACCUCCUUCUCCAAAGGCAAUGGCAUUACUAAGUACAGAAUAUGCAAAAUAUGGGACGGCAGAAGAAAUUCAUAACUUAAACGACGUGGUAGCGACCUCUGCUUCACCCGACCAUUUUUUAAUUAAGCUAGCGCAAUUAAAAAAUAAUAUCAAAUCAAGAGAUCCUAAUAAUUUCAAAAAGAGAAUCUUGGAUUCCGAUUUAUCCACGAUCAAUCUUAUAUCAGAG